CACAACCGCUUCAUUUUAUUUAAUCUUUUCAUAAUGGCAUCAGCAAGCUGGGAGUAUCCCGAGCACAAGCAGUUCGAACGUGUCCCCACCUUGGACCAAGUGGAUCCUAACGAUCGCAAAGCCGUUUACGCUGCACGCAACCAAAAGAUUCGAGAUGACUGGGUCAAGGUCAUGGAAGCUCGUAUCAUCAAGGAAAAGCUCGAUGAAUGUUACCGAACUGAAGGCGUCAACCACUACGAAAGCUGCCGUCAUUUGGCUGAUUUGUACUUAAGAGCACUCAAAGACAACAAGGUCGAGGGUUUCCGCAAACAGUCGAACAACGCAUAAAUAAGUAAGUGUUGUAUUCUUAUUUAAAGCACACUAACUGGAUCGUUUGUAACCAUUAACUUUUGUUUUGAUUAGCCAUUUGAAAAUUUAUAAAACGAAGGACAUAGAUGGCAGAUAUCAAUAAAGAGUAA